CGUGCUGCGCGCAACCCUCGCGGAAGUGACGGCAACGCGGCGAUGGCGGCUCGCAGUUUCAUUCCGGAUUUCCACUGGACUACAAACCGAUUUUAACCGGGCCGGUUAGACUUUGGGCAACUUUUGUACAGCCGUCUGUCUUCGGACGCCGCGCAGAGUGAAGUCGCGUUGAACCGGCGCCUGCCUUUGAGCGGCCUCACAGGUUUUUUGGGGUAUUUUCGUCCUCGGUUCAAGGUGGUCACCCUGCCGAGCUAGCGGUAGCUCGGAGGCUACGAGCUAACCUGAGAUAGCUCCUGAGCUAGCCUGUCAACGAGCUGCGUGCUAAAGGUCCACACAGCAGCAGCUCGGCUCCUCCUCGGACCACGUCCACGUUUGUGUUUCGCAGCUAAAAUGCCCUCUGUGUAACGUUUAAGGUGCCACAAGUGUGCAGAGCGAGGUACUCACACGUUUGCUUGGCCUCUUGUUAAUUUAAAGUGCUCGUUGUUUUUGGCGGCUCACUAGCAGGCAAGUUGCUUCAGUAAUUGCCCCCAGCAGCUUGGGACCAAAGCGUGCUACCCUCUGAGAGUUAAAGUUGAGUUGCUGUGGGGGUCUUUGCGUGCUCGUCAACAUGCUGAAGACCCGGCAAUGUUUACUUGGCAUCCGCACUUUUCUCGGCGUAACGUCGAGAAUAUGGGGCUUCAUCAUGUACAUCCUCAGGAAGCACCUACGGACGAUAAUCCAGUAUCAGACGGUGCGAUACGACACUUUGCCUCUGUCACCUAUCUCCAGAAACAGACUCAAUGCAGUAAAGAGGAAGAUUCUGGUUCUGGAUCUGGAUGAGACGCUGAUUCACUCUCACCAUGACGGGGUCCUCAGACCCACAGUGAGACCUGGCACGCCGCCAGACUUCAUCCUCAAAGUCGUCAUUGACAAACACCCCGUCAGAUUCUUCGUACAUAAAAGGCCACACGUCGACUUCUUUUUAGAAGUGGUGAGCCAAUGGUAUGAGCUGGUGGUUUUCACAGCCAGUAUGGAAAUCUACGGCUCAGCAGUGGCAGACAAGCUGGACAACAACAGGAACAUCCUGAAACGCAGAUACUACAGACAGCAUUGUACAUUGGAUCUAGGUAGUUAUAUUAAAGACCUGUCUGUAGUACACGAUGACCUCUCCAGUAUUGUCAUCCUGGACAACUCGCCUGGUGCUUAUCGUAGCCAUCCAGACAAUGCAAUACCCAUCAAGUCCUGGUUCAGCGACCCUAGUGACACAGCACUUCUUAACUUGCUGCCUAUGCUGGAUGCACUAAGGUUCACUGCUGAUGUCCGCUCCGUCCUCAGUCGAAACCUCCACCAGCACCGGCUCUGGUGAUUGGCUGAAUCGAGAGGGGGUGGGGCUUGUUGACCAGCCUCUUCCUCUCUGCCGGCUUCCAUCCUGUCCUCCGUUCCCACACAGACGACCCACCAGCCCUCUCUGAACUUCUCAGACGUGUCCUGGGGAGAUGAGGGUUGGGGUGACCGCCUAACGCGGGAUGAACAGUACGGGAUCAUCAGAGCCCAGAAACUACUGAGGAGGGAGGAGGAGCCAGCUUGUUUUUUUGUUUUUCUUCUUCUUCUUGAUUCUUUAUUUGUAUUUUUUUUUUUUUUUCCAAAACAAAACGGAGCCUCUCUGCCUUAUCGCUCCUGAUACUGACUGUGUGCGUAUGAAGGUGAGCUUGUGUACGUGAGUCGGAGUAUGCUUGCCGAGUUCGUUAGUCCCUUUUUAAACUUUUUUGACAAUUGGGAGGUGGGAAAGAGGAGGAUCAGCAAAGCAACAAAGACAAUUCUACGUUAUUAUUUCUUCUUUUUCUGCAUCAUCACCAGACAUUGCACUUCAGCAGACGACUCAUCAAUUUUACGGUCUUAACCUCUCGGAGCAACUGAGUAGGGGAAAGUUAGAAAACCGCCCCUUUUUAGAUCAACCCCACAUCCCGACGGUGAUUCAUUAAUUGCUGAGGUACGUUUCUUUUCCCCCUGAACAACAAUGGAUGAACUAAAAUGGUGUAAUUGAUGGACUUCUGCUUGCAACGUACCAUCCACAGGCGUUUUUCUGGACAAAUAGCCGAGCAGCCUGAUAUUUCUUCUUUUUUGUUUUUUCUCAGCCAUAACUUUCACUCUUUCCCCAAAGCUCGUCAUUGGACUCGGUGAUAAAGACAACUGAAAAGUAAAGAAAAAAAGAAUGGCUUGUAACGAUACGUGGACUGCCGUGCCGCCUUUCCAUAUCUGAUUGUUUCUCUAUUAUAAUAUAUGAUAACAUGACUUCUGCAUACCAUGACAUUUCGCUCUCUCCCUUUGACAUUCGAUGCCAUCCUGAUUUCAUCUAAUAGGAAUUGCACUUAAUUUUUUUUUUCUCCCCCCCUUCUGUUUUUUGUUGCAGUUGGUUUUGUAUUUGAUUCGAAUUCGCAGCCCCCCCCCCCCCUUUCAGUUUCGACCCGCUCCGCUUACUGUAUGGGUUCAACUAUUAGACCCUCCGUCUUUAAAUGCCUUCUGAACAAUGUCAGUCUCGUCAAGGCUCACAGCGGCUUCUUAUUGGCUCUGUCUCCAGGUCUGUGUUACUAAUAAAACACUUGUCAGUAUCGACCA